UGUCGCGAGAAUUUUUCUUUUUCCCCAUGCUUAUGCGACAAUAAAUACAUAUUUCAUUGACUCUUUAAAACGAUAUGAAGUAUUUUAUCUAAAAAUGACAGAAGCAAGCACUUCUUUUCAAGUGCCUUGUUCAGAAGACUACGAAUCUGAAUUUGAAUACGACGCAGAUGUCGGUGAAAAGAGGAAAGCAAGACAAGAUUUAGCAACACACCACGUACAGCCUAAAGCUUUUAAACCAAACAGGCAACUAUUUCACGACGAAUGUAGCAGGGAGCAAGGACGCAGCCAACAACAAGCUUUUCUUGCAUUAGAUGCAUACACUCGACACAAAAAGUUAGUGAAUGAAUAUGUUUUGUGUUAUCGUGGUUCUACCGCAAAACUUAAACGUGACAUUUCAAACUAUAAAACAGAUCAUGACAUUAUCAGAGAAAAUCAUAGGUUUUUGUGGGAUGAUGAAGAAGCAUACACUUGGGGACAACAGCUCGCUAAAAAGUAUUACGAUAGACUUUUUAAAGAGUACUGUCUGUGCGAUCUUAGCAGGUAUAAAGAAAAAAAAGUUGGUAUGCGAUGGAGGACUGAAAAAGAGCUGAUUGUUGGGAAAGGACAGUUCUUUUGCGGAAAUGUACAUUGCGAAAGAAAAGACGAUUUGAAUACUUGGGAAGUGCUCUUCGGGUAUUCCGAACAUGGGGAGAAGAAAAGUGCUCUUGUUAAACUUCGUUUAUGUGAGAGAUGUUCGGACAAAUUGCAUUAUGGAUACAAAGGGAAAGUUGGCCUGAAAAAGAAGCAUAAGAAGGAAAACAGCAAGAAUGAUAGCGAUCGUGCUGAAACUUUGCUAAAAUCUACUGAACAAGGGCAGUGUGAUGAAAAGAUAAAUGAAAUAGCUAAGGAUCAAGAUAAUAUUUGGAAACAGCCAAUAAGGGAAGAAGUUGAACAGUCUAAAGAAGAUGCAUUUGAAGAAUAUUUGGAGGAAUUAUUACUAUGAUAUAUUCUGUAGACUCUAGAAACUACUCUUGUAUGUAAUAAUGUUAUGAUUUGAAAUUGUUAAAUUAUAAGCAUGAAAUUCAUUGCAAUUUUUUCAAAGUACAAGUACGUGCUAUAGAGAAAAAAAACUAAUUCGAAUAGCCUAAUAUACAGAGACUGCCAAAUAGUAUUUUUGAUUUAGAUUGCCAUACCUAUGAGUUUAGUUUGUAUGGGAUAGAGACAAAAAUGAAGUUUACUGAACAUACUCGCUAAAAAUAGAGAAAUUUAGUGCAACAAAUGAGGUUUAAAGUCAGCGGGCUGAUUUAUAUGCAGGGCAGAAUUUCUAAAGUUUUAAAAGAACAAUUCUUAGAGAAAAACACCCCAAAUCAUGAACAUUUUUCCAAUUUUAGUGCAACUCUUUUAAGCAGAUGCUAAAGUAGUAAAUACUUACACAUUCUGCUAUGAUUUAACCUGUUCAGUCUGCAAAAUAUAAAGACUAAAUAAUUACAUUAAACAACCAACUACGCGGAAAUUGCUGCAUGCAGGCAUUUUCCCCGAUAAUCGCUAAUUAAUGCUCUUUUUAAAAAAAAUAAUGUAAUAUGGUUGCAGCAUAAAAUUUUUUUAAUAUUGAAUCAAAAUAAAAGCAACAAAAAUCAUAACAGCGAAAUCAAACCCUUUACAAAAAUAGCAAUCGCAGAAGUAAACUCUUUGUGCAAAAGAAUAAAAAUUAGAUGUUUUUUAACCUAAAAAUGAUCAUUAAAUUUUAUUUUUCUCUUUUUAUAAAGUUUAAAUUCAAAAUUAGUUGCAAAACACUCCCUAUUUUUUCAGAAAAUAGGGACUGGACCUAUACGAGG